AUGCCUAAAAAACCACAGGAUAACCUUAGGCCUGAGGGUCAAUUCACGACUCCAGAGAAAGAUCAUUGGCAACCCGCAGAGCGACCAGUCCAAAAGAAACCAAAGGACAAUCUUCAGCCUGAAGGUGACUUUGAGAAACCGGAAAUAGAAAAAUGGAGACCUGCAGAACGCCCAACACAGAAAAAACCAAAAGAUAAUUUAAAACCUGAAGGUGAGUUUGAACAACCAAAACAAGAUGAAUGGCGUCCUGCAGAGCGUCAAACACCGAAAAAACCAAAAGACAACCUUAAACCAGAGGGUGAAUUUGAAACACCUAAAAUAGAUCAAUGGCGCCCAGCGGAACGUCCUAUUCAAAAGAAGCCUACAGAUAAUCUUAGACCCGAAGGUGACUUUGAACAGCCUAAACAAGAUGAAUGGCGACCUGCUGAGAGGACAACUCCAAAAAAACCUAAAGAUAACCUCAAACCUGAAGGCGAAUUUGCAACACCUGAAAAAUGUCAAUGGAAACCUGCUGAAAGGCCAACCCAAAAGAAACCUCAGGAUAAUUUGAAACCAGAAGGAGAAUUUGAAAAGCCUAAGCAAGAAGAAUGGAAAACAGCAGAGCGGCAAACCCCGACGAAACCACGAGAUAAUCUAAAACCAGAAGGUGCCAUGAACAUUAUUCGAAGGACUGAUUAUUCCGCAAUAAGAGGAGACAGAGUUGACGUAGUUAAACAUGAGGAUCACUUAAAAAUGGAGGGAGUUAUAGACAUUCAUCGCUCAAGGGACGAUUACAAACGAAUUGAAAAAACAGAGAAAAUUGUUAUUAAGAAGCAUGAAGAUAAUCUACGGACGGAGGGUGAAUUUAUAGAUCUCCAUACUCGUGAUGAUUACCGUGCCACAAAAGGCGACAGAGCUCCUGUAGUUAAACCACAAGAUAAUUUAAAACCAGAUGGGAAAUUUUACAAGCCGGAAACAGUUCCAUCACAACCAGCAGAAAAACGUAAGCCUUUUAAACAUGUCGAUAAUAUUACAAUUGAUAGGGAUGUCGAUAUACGUCAUAAACAAAAAAUUGAACGAGUUGAUAUUAUUAGAAGAGAAGAUAAUUUAAAGAUUGAAGGAGAAUUUAUUGAUAUGAAACAAAGGAAUGAUUACAAAAUUAUCACUGGGGAGAAGACAGCAAUCGUAAAACACGAAGAUAACCUUAAGAUGGAGGGCAAAAUGGAAAAUGUAAGAUCUUCGGAUACAUAUCGCGUUGUUAAAGGACAAAGAGUGAAAUUAACUCGCCGGGAAGAUAAUCUUAAAAUCGAAGGAAUUUUUGAAGAUCACACCCGUCAAAAUGAGGAGAAAACUACUAAGACUAAUAGGAGGGCUAUUGUAUAUUACACUGACAAGCCGGAAAUUCCAAAAGAAGUGGAUGACAGUUAUGAACCUCGGCAUGGUAGUUUUAGGCCUGAACAUGACACGGAACAAAGCUCUAAACCUAAAAAAGCUUUUGGAGACGAGCCAGACACAAGACAACGUGAUAACGAUAUGCCCCUGAAACCUGAAGCUAAGGAAACCGAUAAAGGAUUAAGAAGACCAGAUUAUAGGUCACCUACGCAGUCCAAAGAUGGAAAUUAUCCAAGAGAAUUCAAAGUGCAGCCUGAAUUACCCACACAGUUAGAUGAUAAAUCCAAAAUAUAUGUUCAGCCUGGUGGGACUCCAUUAGAGGGUCAAUAUAGACCACACUGGCAAAGAGAAGAUACUCCAUCGCAAAUACGACAGCCUAAAUCUUCUCCAAUAGGUAAAUCCGAACCUAAUCUAGAUCAGCCGAAACAUUUGCCGCCUGGCGACAUUCCUGAACAAAUAAGACCCAAAGAUAAUCUUCACCCUGAAGGCAAAUUUCAUGAUCGACCCAAAACCCAAUGGCAACCAGCUGAAAUACCGGAGCAGAUUCGGCCAAAAGAUAAUCUUUAUCCAGGUGGCAAAUUUCAAGACCGGCCAAAAACUCAAUGGCAGCCGGGUGAAAUACCAGAGCCUAAACGGCCUAAGGAUAAUCUACACCCUGAAGGCCAAUUUUAUGAUAAACCUAAAUCACAUUGGCAACCUGGUGAUGUACCGGAUGCGAUUCGGCCGAAAGAUAACCUCCAUCCAGAAGGUCGAUUUCAUGAUAGACCCAAAACAACAUGGCAGCCUGGAGAAACUCCGACACAAGUACGCCCUAAAGAUAAUUUAAAACCCGAGGGAGAUUUUGAUCGCCCGUCAAGGCCUAAAUGGGAGCCUGUUGACCGUUCUUCACCGAUAAGGCCGAAGGAUAAUUUAAGCACUGUAUCAGAUACCGGCCAGUCACAAAAAGUUACUGGAUCGACUAACAACGUCAUAACUGCAAGUAAUGUAGACCAAACAAGCUGCACAAAGUCAACUCAGCAUUCAAGCACAUCAAACAGAAAUCAUUUAAGUGAUAACGUCACUAAGACAAGUAUAGAAUUCCAACGAGCUAUGCACGGCGACUCAUCUAAUACCAAUGCCGUACUUCAUCGCAAAGGAAUUUCAUCAAGUAAUGAAGCUCAGCACUCUAUCAGUUCUACUGCAGCCUCACAACAUCACUCGGAUUUCCGUCAUUCUCAAAGACGUGACGGCCAAUCUACAAUGGUUGUAGACCGCCAACCACGUGUCACAGUCAGGGACAAUCUUCGUGUUGGGGGAGAAUUUUACGGACAGUCGGAAGCUCGUUCCUACGGCAAUUUUUCACGUUCCGAUCAAUCACAGAAAGCUGAAAGAACUGAGCGCGUUGAACGCGUAGAAAGAGUAACACGCCACGGUAACACGUCGCACUUUGUGUUGGGAGACGGAGGUAAUACUAGCUACAAACGCGAGUUUACUGCUCACGUACAUGGUACUUGCCCGGCCUCAACUCUUCAAUCGCCAAGUACACCAUUCAAACACACCCGUGACUCUCGCGAGCACAAGUUUUAUGCGUCGAAAAUAACUCAU